AUGCUCAUUUUUCUUGUAUUUCUCACGAUUUCUGCACUUACAAUCAAAAUCCAUGCCAGCGUGGAUCCAUCAAUUUGUCAAGAAUAUCUAGAAGUUGAAGAUCAAUUUCAUUGCGGACAACUUGGUUAUCCUCUUCAUUAUGGUUAUAAAAAUUGUAUGGCGUUUACAAAUUCCAGUAAGUGAAAGAUAGAAAUGUCUAUUGAUUUUCAGAACAAUUGAAAAAUUUCAGCAAAUCGCGAUAGAUUUGAUGAAACUGGAAAAGCUUGGAUCGAUUGCACAGCUCCUUGUCUUGUUGAUGCAAUGAAGAAUAUUUCGAAGGUUCGCGCGCAGCGGGAAUCGAACUCUUGAUCUUAUGAACAAAACCUAGCGCGCUAACGCUGAACAACGCACACAAUUUUCCGCUGUGAAAACUCUCAUUCAGUGAAUUUCCAGACCAGCUCAACUUGUUCUGAAAUUCAAAACAAAGCAUUCGCCUCACACGUGGAUUGCUACAUGUCAUGUGGAUUUUGUGCAAUGUGUCGAGCCAACAAAAUCGCUCUGGCUCAAACUUUUGAUUUGACCGAUUUCCUUAAUUUGAACUCAAUUUGGCAAGUUUUGCAAAUUUCAGCCAAAUGUAACACAAUUUUUACAUGUUUAUUGUAA